UGGUAAUUUUAUUUUAAAAGUAGGGAGAAUACCGCUACUUGCAUAAACAGGCUUCGAAGGUACUACUCCCUGCUCCCUCUAAGGAGUUGAAGGAAUCAAACAAUCCGUCAAUAAAAACGUAUUGUUCACUCACUUUGCAGAACAAAGCCUAUGCUUUGGAGCCUAUUAGGUAAACUACAAUUUUUAAAAAAACUUUUAGGGGUAUAGGGAACAAAGCAAAGAACAACAGAAAUCCCACUGCCUCAGUAUUGAGACUGUGCUGGAGGUCACUCCACCCGUGGCGACUGGGGACCAUACUCAGCGGUGAAGUCAGACGGCGUGGUCCUCAGGCUGUUUUUCAAAUUCCUUGAUAAAUACUCAGGAUUUCUUUGCCAGUCGUAAAGCUACUAGCUCAAAGCAGGCUGGGUGACCUCAGACAGCUCCGCUGGGACUGGAAGGUCACUGGAGCCACUCGUGAAAAUGAUGCUGUCACUACCAACUCAAAAGGCGCCAUGUGCCACCUCCUGGAGCACACACAUGUGCACACACAUACACUCACACGUGUGUGCAUGUGCACACACAUACACUCACACGUGUGUGCAUGUGCACACCUCCCCCAGGGGCUGCAGCCAAGACGAGCAUCCCACAUCAGAGGGAUGAAUGGCAGGUCUGUCCCGCCAGCUGUGUGCUCUCUCCCACCCGAAGAAAGCAGCAGAGACUCAGACGGCGGAGCCUGGAGGAGCCCACGCAGUCUGUUCCCGGCACCCGGUGCGUGUGAAGGGACUUGAGGGCAGCGAGAUGGAAUCAGCAAGAGAAAACAUCGACCUUCAACCUGGAAGCUCCGACCCCAGGAGGAGCCAGCCCAUCAACCUGAACCAUUACGCCACCAAGAAGAGCGUGGCGGAGAGCAUGCUGGACGUGGCCCUGUUCAUGUCCAACGCCAUGCGGCUGAAGGCGGUGCUGGAGCAAGGACCAUCCUCUCACUACUACACCACCCUGGUCACCCUCAUCAGCCUCUCUCUGCUCCUGCAGGUGGUCAUCGGUGUCCUGCUCGUGGUCAUUGCACGGCUGAACCUGAAUGAGGUAGAAAAGCAGUGGCGACUCAACCAGCUCAACAACGCAGCCACCAUCUUGGUCUUCUUCACUGUGGUCAUCAAUGUUUUCAUUACAGCCUUCGGGGCACAUAAGACAGGGUUCCUGGCUGCCAGGGCCUCAAGGAAUCCUCUCUGAAUACAGCCUGGGACCCAGGUUCUGGGCCUGGAAAUCCUGCCUCCUUCCUCCGUGAUGUGCCAGGCUCGUGGGCACUUUCCACAGCCCAGGAGAGCUCCUGAAAGGACAGUAUAGCUGCCCUUGCUCCCUACCCACAGCACCUGAGUUAAAAAGUGAUUUUUUUUCUUAUUGGUCUAAGGGACUUCCAUCUUGGUCUGGAGUGCUGAGCUCAGACGCAGGUACUGCCAGCCAUACCUUCCUGGUAGCAUCUCCUGGACGUCUGUCUAAGGCCAAGUCUGCCCGGCUUAAGGACUCUGGUUCUGACCCUACCCCACUGCUUCCUUCUGCUCCAGGCCUCAGUUUUCCCUUCCUGUAAAAUGGAAUCUGUAUCUAUAAAGGUUUCUUCAAAUC